AAAAGAAGAAAAAUCUUGAUAUACAAACUUGAACGGUCAUCACCGGCCUCUCUCUCACUCUCACUCCCGCCAUUGUCCGUACAAGCUUCCCUCCAAUGGCCUCCUCCUUAUCAUUCAUGCCCGCGCCUCCGUCCGUACAAGCUCAUCGAUGCUCCUCUUCACCUUCUCCCCGCCAAGAGGUAUAUUAUUGCGUUGGAUUAAGAACUUCAUUUCUCAAGAAUUGGGAUGUUACGGGGGUGUCGAGUUCAAAGCGGUUCGGCUCCACAACUCAUAUGAAUUGGAAGAGGAGGAGAACUUUGAUCUGUGCAGUCAAUCAAGAUGCCGAGGGAGCAUUCAAAAAGACUGUAGAAGUGGAUAGGCUGAUAGACAAACUAAGAGAUGCAAAUCCAAUUGAACUUCAGAAGCUUGUUGUUGAAAAUGUCUUGGCUUUUAAUGAGGGCUUUUGGAUACGGCUUGCCGCAAGAACUGAUACCUGCAAAUCGGAGGAUGAUAAAAAGGACUAUGAGGAAUUGGCUAUAUCUAUAAUGAGCAUAGUGGAUCGCCUUGUUCAUAAGACCAAUGAAAAGAUAGAUUCAGCUACUGAUGUCCUCAAGGGGAUUCUGAAACCUGUAGUUGAUGAAGUAGAAGAAAUUCAAUGGCCUCCUAGAGAUCCUGAGGCUCUUAAAUUAAUGGAGAAAGAAUUAGUCCAAAGGGAGGAAGAUGGACAACUGGACGAAGGGUUUCUUUCAGAAGUUAAUGCGCAACUACGACAAGCAAAAGGAGAUGGAGAUAAGCCAGGGUUUGAGGCUAUGUUACAAAAGGUUUUACAACUCUAUGCUUCUACUGUUCUAUGCAAGCGUAGCUAUGCAAAAAAAGGGGAUGAAAUUCUGAAGGCCGAGCAGUUUCUAGAAACCAUAAUCAAAGCUCCUGAGGAAGAAUGGAACAAGCUGCUGCUCAAUGGAUUAACACUUGGCAAAGGGGAAAUUUUACCACAGGAGCUCUAUGCUGUCAUUAAGAAGAGGGUUGAACGGACUCUGAUCCGAACAGAGGGAGGUUCAUACCAGCAACGUGUUCUUACAGAGUAUCUCAAUGGCAUCCAAUUGAGAGCAGAGCAAAUUGUCCAACUACUUCAGGGCAAGCUGCAAUAGUAUAUGUUCAUGAUUUGAAAAUAUGGGCUUGGGAGUUUGGGAUCACAAGGCAUUGCUGGCUGCACAACUCUCUUUUGGUUCCGAAA